CCUGUCCGACAGGUCCGUAGAGGCAAAGGAGGAGCUGUGCUGCGGUGAAAAGGUGAGCCAAGUGGGUCCUGUGUCACACAGCAUCGUGGCGACUGCUGACAGCCGGUGACAACGGACCCGUUCUCAAGACCUCGGAGCAGAAGACGCUGCGGUAGGACAGGACCCUUUUUACUGUUGCGGUUAAAAAAACGCAUCUUCCGUCCCGGGUGGUCGGGUGUGUAAACUGAGGCUUCUGGAGGUCCUGUGGACACCUGUCUUUGAGUGGCAGCUGGACGCUGUGGCUGACAUUUGACCUCGGGCGUUGAGUGUGAGACGUGCGUGAGCUUCCCGUGAGCUUGCUGAAGUAGGUCAUUACAGUGGAUGCACAUUUGCGUUGAAAACUUACCGCGGUGAACAAUGCAGCAAUGGGUGUCUUGCGAACGAAGCCACUAAGUAAGGUCACAGAGAAGCUCGUCUCCCUCCACUUACAUGUGCAUUUAUUCAUUUAUUGGACGCUCUUCUCCAAACCACGGCGCGUCCGCCACCGAUGCAGAGUUACGCAUAGAGACACGCAGCCGUCAGGGUGCGGCCAGCGAGUCCGAGAGCGCGCGCAUCGGGGGUAGCUGCUUAUAGAACCGAUAGGGAGCACAUUUAUCAAAGUGAGUUACAUGGAUUAUGUAAUGGAGUGAAGUUUCCGGAACUGUCAGGGCAUCAGGGGACAAGUGGCUCUGAAAGAGAUGGGUUUGAGACCCCUCUUGAAAAAGGGUCAAAAGGGAUUCAGCAGCUCUGAGGGACAAGGGGGCUCAUUCCGCCACACCGGGGGCAAAACUGAGAAGGCUCAGUCGCUGUGUAGACUCUCGGACAGAUGUGUUCGGUGUUUCCUGCGCUUCGGCAGCUGUGACACACACCCCUCUGUGGGGAAUGCGGUGUCUCCGCAUUCCUGUACCUCGGUGUACGACAAGAGCGACAGUGACACGUGCCAAAAGUGGGACGCUGUAGUGUGAGACACAGGAGGUGCUUGGUCUGAGUGUGAUCCUGUGGCCUCACGGGGACCCUGUCCUGCGUAGGUGGUGGGGACAGUGGGGAGGGUGAGGACGUCCCUCAGCGAGGUGGAGACCCCCCCCAGCUCCGCACCACGUUCGUUUGGUUUCGACCUCGAUGCCUUCAGGCCUAAGCGAACGCACUCUUUGUUGUCCAUGGCUGUAACUCGUCCUUCUCUGGAUCGUCCCCGCUGGUGGUCCUCGGAGCAGCUCUGCCCGCUGGUCACUCUGUUUACACGAGUGGACAGAUGUGAGACUUUGUCCAAACUCAUGCAGCAGCGCGGUGACGCAGGUGACACUUGUUCCCUUGCGCUGUGCUCUCGAGCGGGUGCUCACCUCCAGCUGCUCUGGGGAAUUCCUCCUGGUGUCCUCGUGGUCUGCGUGACGCUCUAACGGUGCGGUGAGCUGGUCCCAGCUCAAGGUCCGAGCUCAAGGGCCCCAGCUACCUUCGGUAGAGCUGAGCUCCACUGGCGGCUCUGCGGCUAAAUCCACUCAGAAACGCACGGUUUCGCCCUCACGUCCGCCACGUCCGCCACGUCCGCCUCUCCACGGUGCGGUGCCCCCCUCUGCUGGCGCGACCGCGUGUCCCUCGGCUUCCACCCUGCUCCCUCUCUCCACUCUGCCAGGCACGAUGGAUCUCAGCUGUCUGUCCGAGGAGCAGUUCCUGUGCUCCAUCUGCCUGGACGUGUUCACGAACCCCGUGUCGACGCCGUGUGGACACACCUUCUGCAUGGAGUGCAUCGGGGAAUACUGGGACGACAGCAAGCACUGGCAGUGCCCGCUGUGCAAGGAGACCUUCGGCACCCGGCCGGACCUGCACAUCAACCGCACCCUCCGCGAGAUCACCGAGCAGUUCAAACACACGCUGAGGGCCAACGAGGGCAGCGUCGCGGUCGCCGGCCCCGGGGCCGGCGAGAGCGUGGCUGCGGCGGUGCCAGGCGUGGCCCAAGAGGGCGGAGUCAGCAAAAAGAGGCCCUCGAGGCCGGGAGAGCUGCCCUGCGACCUCUUCGCCGAAAUGAAGGCGCGGUUCCCGAAGGUUCUGGCUGAAGACGUCCGGCCGCGCUCCUCAUCCUCGCCCGUUGCCGCUCUCAAUGCCCCUGCCCCUGCCCCUGCCCUUGCCCCUGUCCCUGCCCCUGUCCCUGCCCCUGUCCCUGCCCCUGCCCCUGUCCCUGCCCCUGUCCCUCUUGCUCCCACCGCCGGUCCCGCUCACAUCGCCCCACCCCCUCCCGUGCCCCGGCGGGCCUCUGCGAGCGCGUCGCCGGUGACCGUGGAAGCCUCGCUAUGCGCUCAGCACCACCAGCCCCUGGAGCUGUUCUGCCGCACGGACCACACGUGCGUCUGCGCGCUCUGCAUGGAGACGGAGCACCGCGCUCACAUCGCCAUUCCAGCCAAGAGGGAGUGGCUCAUCAAGAAGUCUCAGCUCGGGAUCACAGAGGUGGAGAUACGGGACACGGUCCAGACCAGGCUGAAGAAGGUGGAGGAGAUCAGGGCCUCGCUGGCCAACUUCCAGGCGUCGGCCGAGCGAGAGACGGCCACCAGCGUGCGGCUCUUCACUGCGCUCAUGAGCUCCGUGGAGAGGACGCAGGCCGAGCUGCUGGAGAGCAUCCAGGUGGACCAGCUGGCGGCGGAGCGAUGCGCACAAACCCUGAUCCGCGAGCUGGAGCUGGAGAUCGGCGAACUGCACAAGAGGAUGGCCGCCAUCAGCCAGCUCUCGCAGUCGGAGGACCACGUGCUCUGCCUCAAGAGCUUCCCGGCCCUGUGCGCCCCGGUGCCCACCAAGGACUGGAGCGCCGUCGCCGUGAGCUCCAGCUUGUGCUCCGUGGCCGUCCUGCGGAGGGUCUCCUUGCUGGUGGAGCGCUUCCAGGAGGAGCUCAGGAAGAUCCUGGACACAAGUUCCGGCUCCUUCCUCCAGGCGGAUCGGUCCCUCGUGAGGCAUCAGCAGAAGCUGAAGAAGGUGCAGGAGUGUGCAGUUCACGUGACCCUUGACCCCAGCACCGCCCACCCGCGGCUCGUCCUGUCAGAGGACAGGAAGCAGGCGAGGUGCGGCGAGCGGCACCAGGCGGUCGCCGACAACCCCGGGAGGUUCGACCGCGUGGUCUGCGUGCUGGGUCAACAGGCCUUGUCAUCGGGGCGCCACUACUGGGAGGUGGAGGUGGGCAACAAGACGGACUGGGACCUGGGCGUGGCCGGCCGCUCCAGCAACCGCAAGGGCAAAAUCGUGGUGAGCCCGAGCCGCGGGUACUGGUUCCUGAGCCUGCGGGACAAACACGAGUACGCCUUCCGGACGGAGCCCCCCACGAGCGUGGGCCUCGCCGUCAAGCCGCACAAGGUGGGCGUGUUUGUGGACUUGGAGAAGGGCCAGAUCUCCUUCUACAACGUGGACGCUAAGGCACACAUCUACACCUUCACGGACACCUUCUCCGACACCGUCUUCCCCUUCUUCAGUCCCUGCACCAACAAGUCGGGCAAAAACGACGCCCCUCUCAUCAUCACGCCCGUGAAGCUGCCGGGAUGAGCGAUUCCCGCUUCUCGAAGUGACCGUAAUGGACCGGAGGCAGGUCGAGCACCACCAACCGCAAAAGAAUCGCAAGCAGCGGCGUUUACAUGUGAGCCACAGUAAAACCAGCGUGAAACCAGUGUAAACAGGAGAAACACGUCAGUAGUUCACGUUUGACUUAUUCAUACUUGAAUAGCAGAGCGCUGAACAUUUAGACGAAAAGGACUGACAGGCAGUGUCUUGUGUUUCUUCCUUAUAUUCAUUUCUCAGUGAAGAGUUUAUACCUUGUUCUCCUCGAAGGUCCAAACCAUGGAAAGUGACUCGGUGUGUCUCACAGCUCGGUUCUCUUGAACAACUUCACCAUCUCCAGUGACAUUCAAGCAUCACUUGCCCUUUGCACCUCCAUUUCUCACUGAAUAGUUACUCAGGCACGCCGAUACAGACACGCUGACAUUUAGUCCCACAGGCAGCUGAACCUGCUUGUCUCUCUCACUCAGUCCCUAAAUCAAAAUCCCAGAGUUUCUUGGUUCUAGCUCCAUGUGGUGCAUUGAACUCCGUGUCCCUCAGAGCUGCUGAAUCCCUCCCACACUAAAGAAGGGUCGAGAGCCACUUUGAGAUUGACCAGUUUCAAACUAUGUUUCCGUGUAUGUCCGGAUUCAUUAUUUGUUUCCGUAUUCAGUGUUUCACAUUGUUCUCAGCCUGCUUAUAUUUUAUCUAUUUUUUAUAUAUCUUAUAUCUGUUUUUGGUUACAUGUAGUGUAUUAAGUACAUGUGCUUUUCAGUGUAAAAUAAGAAAGCAG